AUGUUCGAACUCGAAGACUAUAUCACAAUUAUAAAAUCGGUACUCGCGUUCAUUCUUAUUUUCUAUGCUGCCUAUAUGGGCGGCUCUCUGGCUGUACUCUGUCAAUACCUACGCACUCAAAUUAUUUAUGAUGAGCAAUGGAGAAAACUUUCCGAGUUUCCAAUAACCCAUCAUGCUUGCCACGUCAUCAGAUACUUUUAUACUACUUCCCUUGUGAUUGGAUUGUGUUUUCUUCCAGUUUUCGCCUAUGUGAUUUUCAAUUUUGGUUUGGCUGCAUUUUUCUUACUAUUCUUCACCGCAAUUCUUGGAAUAGUUUCCGCUGUCUGUACAUAUAUUGUUGGACUAUUUAAUCAAGUUUACCUGAUUAUGAUCGCUGUGGAAAUUUUCAAGGGAAUGAGAAAUCAAGAUGAGCAAUUUACAAGUCAAAUCCUUCAUACGAGACAUUUGGAAAAGAAGAAAAAUAUGAGAAACUUCUACAUAUGUCUUUUAGUUCGAGAUUUUAUAAUCGUGCCAAUUUCUUACUUGUUAGACCUGGACCAAAUUUCCAGAAGCACUCCGUUCUCGAUCAGUACAGCUGUUACGAUGUUGACUUCAACUUCCAUUUUCCUCUCUGUUCCUCUUGCGGUUAUCACUUAUCUGAUAAAAAAUUCUGAAAAUCGGACAACAAAAAAUGAACUUCAAAAUAUGAUAUUUGCUCAAGCCGUGGUAAGCUCCGUCGCUGUAAUGAUAGUCCUUGCCAUCUUCCUGGUCCUCUUCUUUUUUGGCUGGUUUUCUGUUUUUUUCCUCUCCUUUGCCAUCCAAUCAACCGGAUUUAUUGUUCCUCUCAACAUCAUGAUCACAACCGUGGUUCACUGUAAAAGUAUAAAUCAGAGGAAUUUCACAGCGGUUGUGAAUUUGGGAAGAGUGCAACCAUUGGUAGUUCCGAUUGAAAAUUUGAGAAAUUUGCAAUAUGCGAAUUCAUCGAACGUCUGA